UCUCCAGGAAAACUGUCAUCUGGUGUCAAGAUGUCCGGAAUUGGAAAUAAAAGAGCAGCUGGAGAGCCUGGCACAUCCAUGCCUCCGGAGAAGAAGACAGCUGUUGAAGAUUCAGGGACCACAGUGGAGACAAUUAAGCUCGGGGGUGUCUCUUCAACGGAGGAGCUAGACAUUCGAACACUGCAAACCAAAAAUCGCAAGCUGGCAGAGAUGCUGGAUCAACGGCAGGCCAUUGAAGAUGAACUCCGUGAGCACAUUGAAAAACUGGAACGAAGACAGGCCACUGAUGAUGCCUCACUGCUGAUUGUCAACCGGUACUGGAGUCAGUUUGAUGAAAACAUCCGUAUCAUCCUUAAACGUUACGAUCUGGAGCAAGGUUUGGGAGAUCUCCUCACAGAAAGAAAAGCCCUUGUCGUGCCGGAACCAGAACCAGACUCCGAUAGCAAUCAGGAACGGAAAGAUGACCGAGAGAGAGGGGAAGGGCAAGAGCCAGCUUUCUCUUUCCUCGCUACCUUGGCCAGCAGUUCCAGUGAAGAAAUGGAAUCUCAGCUGCAGGAGCGUGUGGAGUCCUCCCGCCGAGCCGUGUCCCAGAUUGUGACUGUCUAUGAUAAAUUACAGGAAAAAGUAGAGCUCCUGUCGCGGAAGCUAAACAGCGGAGAUAAUCUGAUAGUGGAGGAAGCGGUGCAGGAGCUGAAUUCCUUCCUUGCUCAAGAGAAUAUGAGGCUACAGGAAUUGACAGACCUCCUUCAGGAGAAGCAUCGCACCAUGUCUCAGGAGUUCUCCAAGUUGCAGAGUAAAGUGGAGACAGCUGAGUCACGAGUUUCUGUCCUGGAGUCCAUGAUCGAUGACCUGCAGUGGGAUAUUGACAAAAUCCGAAAGAGGGAACAGCGACUCAACCGACACUUAGCAGAAGUCCUAGAACGGGUGAAUUCGAAAGGUUAUAAGGUCUAUGGAGCGGGGAGCAGUCUCUAUGGUGGCACAAUCACUAUCAAUGCCCGGAAGUUUGAGGAAAUGAAUGCAGAGCUUGAGGAGAACAAAGAGUUGGCUCAGAACCGUCACUGUGAGCUGGAGAAACUUCGGCAAGACUUCGAGGAGGUCACUACACAAAAUGAAAAGCUGAAGGUGGAAUUGCGGAGUGCGGUGGAAGAGGCGGUUAAGGAGACUCCGGAAUACCGCUGUAUGCAGUCACAGUUCUCCGUCCUGUACAACGAGAGCCUACAGUUGAAAGCGCACUUGGACGAGGCCCGGACUCUGCUGCAUGGCACCAGGGGGACCCACCAGCGCCAAGUUGAGCUCAUCGAGCGAGAUGAGGUUAGUCUUCAUAAGAAGCUGAGGACCGAAGUGAUCCAGCUGGAAGAUACUCUGGCCCAGGUCCGCAAGGAGUAUGAAAUGCUGAGGAUAGAGUUUGAGCAGACCCUUGCUGCCAACGAACAAGCAGGCCCCAUAAACCGGGAGAUGCGCCACCUCAUCAGUAGCCUCCAGAAUCACAAUCACCAGCUGAAAGGGGAGGUCCUAAGGUAUAAGCGGAAGUUGAGAGAAGCCCAGUCUGACCUGAACAAGACGCGCCUGCGCAGCGGCAGUGCCCUCCUGCAGUCUCAGUCUAGUACUGAGGACCCGAAGGACGAGCCCACGGAACUGAAGCAAGAUCCUGAGGACUUAUCUGCCCAGUCCUCUGCAUCGAAGGCAUCUCAGGAGGAAGUCAACGAAAUUAAGUCCAAACGGGAUGAGGAAGAGCGAGAACGAGAAAGGAGGGAGAAAGAGAGGGAGCGAGAAAGAGAGCGGGAGAAGGAAAAGGAGAGAGAACGAGAGAAGCAGAAACUGAAGGAGUCAGAAAAAGAAAGAGACUCUGCUAAGGACAAAGAGAAAGGGAAACAUGAUGAUGGAAGGAAAAAGGAAGCAGAAGUUAUCAAACAAUUGAAGAUUGAACUCAAGAAGGCACAGGAGAGCCAAAAGGAGAUGAAACUAUUGCUAGAUAUGUACCGCUCUGCCCCAAAGGAACAGAGAGACAAAGUUCAGCUAAUGGCAGCUGAGAAGAAGUCUAAGGCAGAGUUGGAAGACCUGAGGCAAAGACUCCGGGAUCUAGAGGAUAAGGAGAAAAAGGAGAAUAAGAAAAUGGCUGAUGAGGAUGCCUUGAGGAAGAUCCGGGCAGUGGAGGAGCAGAUAGAGUACCUGCAGAAGAAGCUGGCCAUGGCCAAGCAGGAGGAAGAGGCUCUCCUCUCUGAGAUGGAUGUUACAGGCCAGGCCUUUGAAGACAUGCAGGAACAGAAUAUCCGUUUAAUGCAGCAGUUGCGGGAGAAGGAUGAUGCAAAUUUCAAGCUCAUGUCAGAACGUAUUAAGUCCAAUCAGAUCCACAAGUUACUUAAAGAAGAGAAGGAGGAGCUGGCUGACCAGGUUUUGACUCUAAAGACUCAGGUUGAUGCUCAGUUACAGGUAGUAAGGAAAUUGGAAGAGAAGGAGCAUCUGUUACAAAGCAACAUUGGCACAGGGGAGAAGGAACUGGGUCUUAGGACUCAAGCCUUAGAGAUGAAUAAACGCAAGGCGAUGGAGGCAGCCCAGCUUGCAGAUGACCUCAAAACACAACUGGAAUUGGCUCAGAAGAAGCUACAUGAUUUUCAGGAUGAGAUUGUGGAGAACAGUGUCACCAAAGAAAAGGACAUGUUCAAUUUCAAACGAGCCCAGGAGGACAUCUCUAGACUUCGAAGGAAGCUGGAGACCACAAAGAAACCAGACAAUGUACCCAAAUGUGAUGAGAUCCUGAUGGAGGAGAUUAAGGAUUACAAGGCACGCCUGACCUGUCCAUGUUGCAACAUGCGUAAAAAGGAUGCCGUACUUACCAAGUGUUUUCACGUGUUUUGCUUUGAGUGUGUGAAGACACGCUAUGACACCCGUCAGCGCAAAUGUCCCAAGUGUAACGCUGCAUUUGGUGCCAAUGAUUUCCAUCGCAUCUACAUUGGUUGAGCCAAGCCAAGAGAAGAAGAGGGAAUGGCUAGACAGGCACCUAUUCAGUAACCAUCAAACCUCUACCUCUUCUCACCUUGACUGUCACCUACGGGCAGUUUAUCUGUCAACUACCUUUCCUUUGCAGACUGUACGUCCAGGUUCUCCUCCCUAAUAGCUACAUGACUUCAGGGAAAAGGACUGGUAAAGGCAAGUCUUGGGUUUUAGAUGAAUUAGAAACAAACCUCUUAUUUGUCUUCCCCACCAGCUUGUUUCUUUGCUGCUUUUAGAUUUUUCAGCAUUUUCUUCUUCAGGCUUAACUGCAUAAAUAAUCGUGGAUUGUUCAUUCCUCCUGAAGAAGCAAGUUGGUACUCUUGACAUGGAGAAGGGAACAAAGAAGAGUGGAGACACAUGGCUAUUUUGGGGAGUGAGGGCGAUCUUUUAGAAAUAAGCUAUCCAUGGGCACAAACAUUUCUUGAUUUGGGUAGUAAACUUUUUGUAGACUCGGAUUAUAAAAUGGUAUAAUUGUGCUUUUUCCUGGAUGGUUUGAAGCCUUAAUGAAAUUAUGUCCAGGAUGAUUCAGUUCAUUUCCUAUUCACUAACAAAGUAACUUGUUAAGGUCAGCUGGUUUCCAUGUUGAAGUUAUUUAAGUUUUGAAUGUUCUACUCAUUGAAAGGUCUUUAAAUUUCUUGAGGCCAGAAUAAUUUCAAAUGCAAUCGCCCCUUUUAUCUUAUAAUGAAAUCAAGAUUGGAGAGGAUGGGGAACAGGACUGAGAUGGUGAAGAGAUCUUCUGGGUACUUUGGGAACUUGAUUACAGGGAGGUCUUGGUGAGCCAUGAAUUACUCUCAUCUGCCUCUCUACAGGGAUUCUUGUGAUCCCUGUUCCCCAGAAGAUUCUCUGUAAUGUUUCUGUAGGACUUUAUACUCCAUAAGCUUCAAUUAAAGCAGGAUUCAAUUUGC